GCUUGUUGAUCAAAGUGCAUGUUUCAGACUAUAUGAAUGCAGCAUCUUCCUUUGCGACCCACCAUUGCCGAGGCAGAGUCCGCACUCACUUGAGCUGGCACCUCUUCUCCCUUGCCCUUCGUCGCCACCUCUGCUGUCAUCUAGGUUACCAUAUCCGGCCCUUAACUUCCUUUGCGGGUCGUCAGCGGUUAUCAUUUCCUUCAGUGCCCAGGAUCUAGGAAGUGCAUCUAAUUGACCAGAUUACGCGGCCCAUCGAGAUGUCGUUCCCACACGGCUCGUGGCCUCAUAAGGGCGAAGAGCAGCUCUCCGACGCUGCUCAGACAGUCGGGGGUUCAAUAAGAAGACCAGAUAACAGUACACAGCAGCCUUACGCACUCGUUGGUGGAUAUUCACCGAAUGACCCGUUCCGCCGGUUUCCCGAUCGUACUGUCGUGAGACCAUCCUCUAACAGCCCGACAUCCAGCCUGUCAGGUGCUAUGGGAGACACGCAUAUAUCGCCCAAUCAUCCGACUGUCCCUUCCGGAAUGGCAUGGCCCAUUCCUCAUGGCAAUUACACCAUGUCAGAGGAGGGCUUCGGCUCCUUCGGGGCGACACCUCCCACGCCAGCCUCAGCCAGCCCGUCGGGGGCGUUCAUGUAUCCGAUGCACCCCAACCCUCACGUUUAUCUCCCUGGUGGUGUUGAUCCAGACCACUUUCCUCCGCACUCGUCUUCUGCCUCAUCAUCGUCGCUCGCAGAGCAAUAUGCCAUGCAACGGGCGAUAAUGCACGCGAAUAGAGAGAUGUCAUCCGUAUCGGCAUCACCAUCGUCCCCCGCGGUGCCGAUGCCGCUCCCUUCGAACGCUAUGGCAGGAAGUCUGACAAUCGGCCGCCCCCCUCGAUCAUCGCAGGAGGCAAUGGAGGAACAGAUCAUGCGUCUCCAACAGAGAGUGCGGGAGCUCGAAACAGAGCACGAGUCCGCCCUGCAGCGAGCCGGUCAACUCGAGCGCGAGCUCGCUCGGGUCAGGUACAACUCUCCGUCUGCAGCCAGCAGCAGCACUCUGCCGUCUCCUCUUCCCACCCCGACUCUCCCGCCAAUCCUGGAGGAGAACUGGCGAGCUCGCACGGAGGCGCGCAAGAAGAUCUACUGUUCUGUUAACCGUGCGGGUAAUGCACUGUGUGCGUGGCACGAUUCGCGGCGCGAGCGCAGGGCGUAUCCGCCGCGCAACGCGCCCCCGGGGAUGCUGAAUUGUGGAUGCACGCAUGAGGAGGCGCUCUUUGAGGAGAGUCUGGCACGCCAUGGCAUCGGGAGCUACCACCCCGGCGAGUCCGUGCGCAUGGAUCCGACGCUGAGGAACCCGUUGUUGAGGCUUCUGCAGCAGCGCUAUGGCUACAGAGAUGGCGAUUUCGACUUCGACCCGGCCACGCAAACGUGGAUCAAUGGCGAGGAUGCUGCUCACUGGCAGUCUCGCCUUGCGUCGGGCGCAGCGAACGUCAAGAAAAACCGUCCCGAGGAACGCCGCUAAAAAUGCAUGCACUCUGUGAGUCUGCUCUGGACUUCUGCCUGAUUUGAAUAUAGUAAAUCCUGUAUCCUAUCUCACAUCCCGUCGUUUCGUGCAUCGUAAUUCUGUGCAUCUUUGCUUGGCAUUUAGACCUACAAGCAUAG